AUGUUUGAGAGAAUGGUACUGAAUAGAAUAAAAGACAAGAUAGACGGGAAACUAAUCAAGCAACAAGCUGGCUUUAGGGCUGGUAAGUCAUGCACGGGGCAAAUACUUAACCUUGUUGAAGAAAUAGAGAAAGGCUAUGAGAAUAAUGUAAUAACAGGUGCAGCUUUUAUCGACCUCAGCGCUGCAUAUGAUACGGUUAAUCAUAGAUUACUGCUUAAGAAAAUAUAUGAGCUAACUGAAGAUGCGAAAUUCACAAAAAUUAUUAGUCUUUUAUUAAGGAAUAGACGGUUUUUUGUAUCAUUGCAGGCCAAAAAGAGCAGAUGGAGAAGACAAAAUAAUGGAUUACCCCAAGGAAGUGUUCUAUCACCAAUUUUAUUUAAUAUUUAUACUAAUGAUCAACCAAUUGGGACCCAAACGAAGCACUUUAUAUACGCUGAUGACCUCGCUAUUACAACCCAGGGCAAAACAUUCGAAGAGGUGGAAGUGAAUCUGAAUGACACACUUAAUACUAUGAAGGAAUAUUAUAAUGAUAAUUACCUCAAACCGAAUCCAGCAAAUACACAAAUUACCGCUUUCCACUUACGAAACAGAGACGCCAAGCGGAAACUGAGAAUUAAUUGGCAAGACACAGAAUUAGAGCAUUGCGAAGAACCAACCUACUUAGGCAUUAAACUUGACCGAGCCCUGACAUAUAGAAGUCAUUGUGAAAACACAAAAAAUAAAAUAGGAACAAGAAACUGCUUGCUUCAAAAACUGGUUGGCUCUCAAUGGGGCGCAGACCCUCAUGUCUUGAGAACGACAGCCUUAUCACUAUGUUACUCGACGGGUGAAUAUGCUUGUGCUGCAUGGAGAAACUCAGCACAUGCUAAAAAGGUAGACGUGGCCCUAAAUGUAACUAACAGAUUAAUUACGGGGUGCCUGAGACCAACACCAGUUCAGAAAGUACAAGUAUUAUGCGGUAUAGCACCCCCUAAUAUAAGGCGAGAGGUGGCAGCAAGGGUAGAGAAAACAAAACAAGAAUCAGACUUAAGACAUCCUCUAUAUGGAGGUAAAACCAUGGGGAGCCGGCUCAAAUCAAGGAAAAAUUUUUUGAAGACAACAAUUAGCCUAUCACAAACACCUGAAGCAACGAGAAUAGACUUAUGGAAGGAGGCAAUGAAAGAGCAUAACUCACUGCUAUGGAAGGAUCCGAAGGAAAGCUUACCGACCGCAAGUCACUUACCAUGGUCGGUAUGGAAGACACUGAAUAGAUUACUAACGGAAACUGGAAGGACAGCGAGUAAUAUGAAAAAAUGGGGAUUGAAAGAUGAUGGGAAAUGCGAAUGUGGUGGAGAGCAGGAUGCGGACCAUCUGUUUGUAUGCCCACAAUUACCGAAUAAGUGUAGAAAGGAAGAUUUUUUGACGCAUAAAAUUUCAGACAAAGCAAUACAAAUUGCGGCUUACUGGGGAGCGAAGGGAAUAUGA